AGCAAUUGCCCAAGCAACUUCCCAAGCACCUAUCGCUCCAUUUCGUACUUAGCAAAUGAUCGAGAAGAUGUAAGUUUCAAGUUGAGCAACAAUAAUCAAAUUAAAAGAAAUUACACCACACCGCUCUUCUUUGCUUGUGAAAUGGACACUUGUAGGCUGCAAGUUGGUGCCACCAGGGGCUAUCAUGAUACCCCUCCCGGGCCCAUCCACGUAUAUUCUGUCCCCGCAUGUAUGUACAUCGUUAUCAUUUUCAUCAACACGUGAUUGGCUGUCAACAUUAUGCAAAACGCUGACAGCGAUUCUACGCGAGAGACCUGUUUAUCCCUUGCACGACGCAUCCCUUUGUUUGCUCACCCUGGCUUGUUACCUAUGUGCUACCGCAGCACGGGCAAACAAAGCGCAUUUGGUGGUGCCUGCAUACGGCCCGUCACGCACAUAUAUAGCAAACACGACCAUCUCAAGGAUUAACUACCGGCCAAAAUGCCUGCAUUGCGGAUGUGCCCGUCGUUGCCUACUGUUGCCUGAACGCGAUGCUGCAUUCGGCUUUGUUGCCGCGUCAAAUCGCGUCUGCGCGCCAACCUCAAGUGCACGCCAAAACCUGGAACGCGUGACGACACCGCGUAUUUUCGAUUGCAGCAAGACACAAUCACGGCAUCUGAGACCUCUUGCAGCUAGCAGCAGCCACGAGACACAGUGGCAGCAAAGUCGGGCUAGGACACGCAAAAGCAACCUUGAUCUUCACUCGCCUCCCGCACCCUGAGCAAUAGGGUAUCUUCGCUACCAAUUUUCUGCACGACAUCUUCCACGAGCACGCGUCUACACUGUCCCGAGCCUACCGAAUUAUCCGCCUUCCAGAUCAGAUCGUACUGGA